AUGUCUGACGCCCCCGCCGCCCCUGUCACCGAGAACGGCGUGCCUCCCGCUACCGAGGAGAAGAUCGUGGAAGAGACCCCCGGCUUCAAAGUUUUCGCCGGCAACUUGGCAUACUCUACCACGGAUGAAGGGCUGAAGGCAUUCUUUGCUCCCGUCGCGAGCGACAUUUUGACUUCCCAGGUUAUCUUCCGGGGCACGCGCUCGGCGGGCUAUGGCUUCGUCUCUGUGGCCACCCCUGAGGCUGCUCAGAAGGCAGUCGAGCUCCUCGACAAGCAGGAGCUCGAUGGUCGCCAGGUGAUCGUCGAGGUCGCCAAGCCGGCAGAGCAGAAAGACAAGGAGAAGAAGGAGAAGAAGGCCAGCAAGAGGCGUCCGGGUCGUCGCGGUAGCAAGAGCGUACCUGGCGAAGUCUCGGAGGCCGAGGCUAACGGUGACGCUAAUGGCGACGCCGAAAAGGCCGACGGUCCCGCUUCUGCAGAGGGCGAGAAGCCCAAGAAAAAGAAGAAGAACAACCGCAAGUCCAAGGCGGCCAAGAAAGCUGCGGCCGCCGCCGAAGGUGGUGAGGCCACAGACGCUGCCGCCGCCGAUGGCGCCACGGCCGAGGGGACUACCAAGAAGCCUCGUGCGCGUAAGCCUAAGGCACCCAGACCACUGCGUCCUGCUGGCGAGGACCCCGCCGGGGAGCCGUCAAAGAGCGUCCUGUUUGUGGCGAACCUUGGCUUCAGCAUCGACGAUGCCGGUCUCGCCCAGCUCUUCACGGACGCCAGUAUCCCCGUUACCUCUGCUCGCAUCGUUCGUCGCCGCUGGGGCAAGCCGCGCAAGAGCAAGGGGUACGGCUUCGUUGACGUGGGUGAUGAGGAACAGCAGAAGAAGGCUAUCGAGCUGCUGCAAGGCAAGGAGGUUGAAGGCCGUGCUAUUGCCGUCAAGAUUGCCGUCAACUCGCAGACCGAAGAGGGUGCGGAGAACGAUACCCCUGAGGCUGACGAGGAGGCGAAGCCUGAGAGGGAGGCCACUCCGGAGCUGGAGCAAGAGGCCCGGGAAGAGGGUUUGAGCAAGAGCUUGUUUGAACGCGCGAAGGAUGAAGAAGCCUUGGGGCAGCAGAAUAAGGCGUUGGCGAUGAUGAUGAAGAUGGGAUAUAAGCCGGGGGAGUCGUUGGGCCAGAGGUAUGGCGACCCGCCGCCUGUGCAGGGCAGCGCUCCUGCGUCUGAGUCUGCUACUCCGGACAACGACGCACCAGCGGACUCUCCCAGCGUCGCAGAGCCAGUCAAGGGCGGUAUUGGACAUAGGCUCGAGCCUCUGCCUCUGAACGAAUGGGCUGGCAAGACGGGUAUCGGCCUGCGCAAGCGGGCCGCAUCUCCAAGUGCGUCGGAAAGGCUAGCCAAGAUGGCGAAGCUCGCGGGGGAGGCAGACCAUACCAGCUUCCGCGACCGCGCACGCCAGGAGUACGAGGAGCGUCGCGCCCAAGGCCGUCUCGCGCCCGCGCAACGCACCUGCGUCAAUCUGGACGAGCAGGAUGGUCGCAAGUUCAACAUCCUUUGGCUCAACCCUGAGAACCCGGAGACGUUCCCGGAGGGCCUCAUCGAUGACCUGGAUGAUCCUGAGCUCGUCGCGAGCCUAUCUCGUCAGCAGGCAGGAAACACCAUCGAGGGUCGACUGAAGGCGAAGAUGCAGGCAGACGCGCUGCAGCCGCUAACGGCGACACUCGAGGAUGACGACGCGCAGCCGGAGAAGACAGAGUUGCGUAUAUCGCCCUAUUCGGAAGAGGAGAUCCAGGAAGCACGACAGUUCCUCCGUCUCAACGCAAAGCAUCGAUUGCAGCUGGUGCUUGACUACCUGCGACAAAGAUAUGCGUACUGCUUCUGGUGUGGAACGCAGUAUGACAACCAGGAAGACAUGGAUCAGAACUGUCCGGGACCGGAGGAGGACGCCCACGACUGA